AUGUCCUACGCCUGCAACUCUGGAAACUUCUCCUCGCAAUCCGCUGGAACUUUCCUGAGAUACCCAGUUUCCAACUAUAAUUCCUUCUACCCCAGCAGUGCCAUCUACUCCCAGAGACCCCAGCAGCUGGGCUCCACUUUCUUUGGUGGCCAACAGGAGAGCUUCUCCGAGCCCACUGACUUCGAGUCAUCCGGUGUGGAGGCCAGAACCUGCUUCCGCCCCAAGAACUUCAUCUUCUCCAGGCCCUGCAACACACAGUGCACCGGAUCUUUCGGAUAUGGCAACUCCGGCUUCGGAUCUUUUGGUUAUGGAAACGCUGGCUUCCAGUCUCUUGGGUGUGGUUCCAGCUACAACCGCCCAGGGUUCUUCUCCUCUAAGAGUUACCAGUCAGCUUAUUACCAGCCCACCUGUGGCUCUCGCUUUUUCGGAUCCAGUUACUAG